GAGGAGGAGGAGGGGAAGAGAUAAGUGAUCUAAAGGGGAGACGAUAGGACAAAAAAAGUGAUGAUGAUGAUGAAUACAUUGGAAAGUUUUUUGGCCCCGGCGAGGGUGUCAGAUUGAAUGGCCUGUGCGCAUGUGCGAAGGUGUCCUAACUGACAAUGCUGGUGAGAUGAAGAUAGUGUUGUUGCUGCUUCUGGGCUCACGGAGGACGACGAGAGGAAUCUACAAGCCGACAAGAUGAGAUCCAAGGCGAGGGCGAGAAAACUGGCCAAAAAUGACAGUGAGCCAGUGGACAGCAUGUACGACACAGAGGCCGACCUCCCCGGUUUGGCGGCCGGCAGUGGCAUUGGCGCUGACAGCCCGGAAGACGACACGGAGGACGGCGUCAUCAACAUGUCCCCCCUGCCCUCACCGACUCCCUCCCAUCCGAACAACAACAGCCACCACCACCUGCUGCACCCCCACAUCUACGCCACCCACCACCACCACCACCUCCACAACAACAGCAACAGCAGCAGCAAUGACCAGGACUUCACCACACCCAAGGAGGGCUCGCCGUACGAGGCGCCCGUCUACAUUCCUGACGACAUUCCCAUUCCCGGCGAGCUGGAGCUGCGGGAGUCCUCUGUGCCCGGUGCCGGCCUGGGCGUGUGGGCCAAGAGCCCCAUUGGUGCCGGCGAGAGGUUUGGCCUGCACAGCACGCUGCACCAUGGGGCCACGGGCAAAGACAGCUCCUUUGGAUGGGAGAUGAUGAAUGACCAUGAAGAAACCUCCACUGACAGCUGCAUGAAAAAGGUGGUCGAUGACAUGGGAAACGUCAAAUUUGCUCUGGACACAGGCCCGGAUGCCACCGGCCCCAGCUGGCUCAAAUACGUCCGCUGUGCCCCGUCAUUCGAGGAGCAGAACCUCGCCGCCUGUCACCUCACCGGAGACCAGAUUUAUUAUAAAGCGGUGCGGGACAUUGACGCAGGGGAGGAGCUUUUAGUGUAUAUGAAGGACGGCAUUUUCCCCGAGGGAUCCAUGGCACCCAACCUACAAGACGAGCAGAUGUACCGCUGUGAAGACUGUGAUGAGCUGUUCUCCUCAACGCUCGAGCUACGGCGGCACCAGAAGUAUUCGUGCACCAGCGCUGGCUCUCUCUUCGACUCACUGAGAGAGGACUUCAAACAGGAGCGCGAGGACAGUGACGAGCCCGUCCACGAGUGUAAAGACUGCGAGAAGAUCUUCCCAAACGAGUACAGUCUGGGCCAACACAUGAUAGUCCACACAGAGGAGAGGGAAUACAAGUGUGACCAGUGUCCAAAAGCCUUUAACUGGAAGUCCAACCUCAUCCGUCACCAGAUGUCACAUGACAGUGGCAAGCGCUUUGAGUGUGAAAACUGUGAUAAGGUACAGCAUACCCGGCACGUGUUCACAGAUCCCAGCAACCUCCAGCGCCACAUCCGCUCACAGCACGUGGGCGCACGCGCUCACACGUGUCCCGAGUGCGGCAAGACCUUCGCCACCUCGUCAGGCCUCAAGCAGCAUAAGCACAUCCACAGCAGUGUCAAACCCUUUAUCUGCGAAGUGUGUCACAAAUCCUACACCCAGUUCUCUAACCUCUGCCGCCACAAGCGCAUGCAUGCUGACUGCCGCACCCAGAUCAAGUGUAAGGACUGUGGGCAGUUGUUCAGCACUACCUCCUCCCUCAACAAGCACCGUCGCUUCUGUGAGGGCAAAAAUCAUUAUGGCUCUCCUGGAGGGAUGUUCAACCCUGGCAUCCCCAUGAGCUCCAGCCCCAUCAUGGCUAAGGCCAAGUCCCAUCAUCACCACCUUUCAGCUCUUAACCAGUCAGGUUUAGGAUUCACUGACUACUUUCCCUCCCGACCUCACCCUCAUGCUGGCUUGCCCUUCUCCCCAGGACCCCAUGGCUUCCCAUCCCUUACCCAUGGUUUCCCAGGUAUCUUCCCACAUUCACUGUAUCCCCGACCACCUUUAUUGCCGGCUAGUCCGUUGAUAAAGAGCCCGCCGGGUAGCAGCAGUCAGGAGGUGAAGCUUCCUCGGAGUCCCCUACAUUUACCUCCACUGUCCCUGGUUAGCUCGACAAACAGCAAUGGAGGCAACAGUUUGAGUCAGAUGGAAGACAAAGAGAAAGAGAGCAAACUGGAUUUGUCCUCUAGUGGAGAAGCAAAGUCAAAAUCUAAGAUGGCCGACAUGUCGGACGGAAGUGAUCUUGAAGACGUUAAUACCACAAGUGGGACAGAUUUGGACACCACCACUGGUACUGCUUCAGGUGAUGGUUCUGACCUGGAGAGUGACGGCGAGAGUGAACGCGAGCGAACAGGCAAAAGAAGGAAGCCAUCUGGGGCCAUGUCAAGUCAAGAAGGCCACCAAUCAGAAGACACAAACAGUGCGUUGAUAUCAGCCAUGUCUAGUUCGGGGAAUCUCGGGCUUGAUCGGCCAUUUCUCUCUUCUGUAUCGUCCCAUCAUUCCUUCUUCCCUCCGCCUGAUGAGCAAGCCCUCCUACCCAGUACCACGAAUGCCAAUACAGCCACCACAGAUUCCAUCAAAGCCAUUGCUUCUAUUGCGGAGAAAUAUUUUGGUCCAGGUUUGAUUGGUCUUCAUCAGGAGAAGAAGAUGGGUCCAUUGCCUUACCAUUCCAUGUUUCCCUUCCAGUUCCUGCCCAACUUUCACAACUCCCUCUAUCCCUUCAGUGCUGAUCGAGGUGUCCUCAAUCCCAGUAUGUUCUUCAAGGCGGAGCCCAAGUCACAUCGAGAGCAGCUUCAUAAGAUAGUUUCUGGUGCCCCAAGCGCUCCUGCUCCCACAGUGGAGUCACCAUUCGAUCUCACCACAAAACCCAAGGAGCCCAAGUUAUCUCAUCCUAGCCCGACAAACCCCUCACACCCCAACAGUAGCACUGGGAGCAGUAGUGGACCUUUAGCGAUAUCCGGCGGUGAAGAACAGCCAUUGGACCUCAGCAUUGGCAGCCGGAGCCGAGGUGGUCAUAAUGGUGUGGCAGCUGAGCCACACAACCGAAAGAACCACAUGUAUGGAGUCCUAAAGGGGAUCUCCAUCAAGGAUGAAACACCAGCUGGGUUCCCCCACUCCCAGUCAUUGCACCAAUCCUCCAUCUCCCAGCACCAGCAGCACCAGGCCCAGCAACAUCAGCCACCACCCCUGCACUACGCCAAGCCCUCUGCAUUCUUCAUGGACCCCAUAUACAGCAGGGUGGAAAAGAGGAAGCUACUUGACCCCGUUGGAGCUUUGAAGGAGAAGUUCCUCAGGCCCUCACCGCCACUCUUCCACCCACAGAUGUCAGCCAUGGAGACCAUGACAGAGAAGCUGGAGAGCUUUGGCGCUCUAAAGCUUGAUGCACCCAAUUCACUGCAACACUCAGCUCAUCCACUGUUCAACUUCCGCUCACCACCACCCUCCCUCUCAGAGGCCAUCCUCCGCAAGGGCAAGGAGCGCUACGCCUGCAGGUACUGUGGGAAAAUCUUCCCUCGUUCAGCAAACCUCACCAGACACUUGCGGACACACACAGGGGAACAACCCUACAGGUGUAAAUACUGUGACCGCUCAUUCAGCAUCUCGUCCAAUCUUCAACGCCACGUUCGCAACAUCCACAACAAGGAGAAACCCUUCAAGUGUCACUUGUGCAACCGCUGCUUUGGUCAGCAAACCAACCUCGACCGCCAUCUCAAGAAGCACGAGCACGAGAACAUUCCUGUGAGCCAACAGUCCGGGAUGCUUUCCAACCUAGGAACCACGAUCUCCUCGCCAAACUCCGAGCCAGACAAUCAUGCACUUUUAGACGAGAAGGAGGACUCAUACUUCUCAGAAAUCCGCAACUUUAUUUCCAACAGUGAGAUGAACCAGGCCUCCAGCUCCAUGGAUAAGAGAUCAGACCAGGCUGAGGAAGAGCGCCCGUCAAGCCACAGUUUGUCCAACUCCAAGCUCGGGCUCCAGGGGCUGGAGGAAGAGGAGGAGGAAGUGGAAGGCGAUGAUGAGGAGGAGGAGGAAGGCAGCCUGACAGAGAAGUCUCACGACGAGGCGCCCGAGUCACCGUCCCCCGUCACAACAGGAGUGUAUGAAGAGGAGGAGGAAGACGAGGAGGCGGAGACAGCUCCACUGGCUAUGAGCUAUGAACACACUCGCAGGCUUAUGCAAUGAUGCUGUCUCUCUCGGAGAACAACCCUUUGCACGCGCCCUCCCAGAACUCUCUGGACGCUUGGCUGAGCAUGGGAGGUGGACCGUCUGAGACGAGCAGCUUUCACCCGCUCAACCACAUCUAGACCAGAGAACGAGAGAGAGAGAGGAGCGACGGGAGCGAGAGUGGGAGGAACAUUCAGUUUUCGUAAAUGGACAGAAACAAGGGACUGAGUGGACGUGGAGGCCCUGAGAAGAAUUCAAUGUCAUAUACAUUCAAAAUAGAAAAAAUGUGUUUGUGUGGAUGUGUGGAUGUGUGUGUGAGUGAGUGAGAGUGUGUGUGUGUGUGUGUGUGUGUGUGUGUGUGUGUGUGUGUGUGUGUGAGAGUGGAAAAAGAGAGAGGGGGUUGAGAUUGGCCCUGGGUGAGGGGUCUCACAAGACUCUGUCAUAGAGAAAGCACUGCAAAGCUCCUGUUGAUGUGAAGGACAUGAUGAAUGCUUCUCAACAGCAUUGAAACUCUGACCUCUUACCCGAUCCUCCCCAAGUCCACGAGGCUGACUCCGGCAGAGACGCUGCUCGAGGCUCUCGUAAAGACACUUAACGACUAGAAAUUCUCUAAAGUCUGCUACUACAAGCACUGCAGCAUCAGCACUGCAUUAGCACUGCAUGUCCACAGGGUGGUGCUGUUUACCGGGAACAUAGUGGGCGCGUGCACUAUUAUCUCCAGGUUCCCCCACCCCCCCACCCAACCCCACCAAUCAUGGGUGACUCACUUACUGAUCGUGUUUCAAUUGUACGUGCAGAAUCCCCUACAGCACCACACUAAAUGUUACUUGAGGAAAUGACAGUUUUGAUUCUCGAUUGAUUUUUAAAUGAUUAUGUGGGGAAAUGGCGUUCGAUGUGUAAAUGUGCACAGCAACUGGUGAUUUUAAUGAGCUGUCAUGGGAACACCAGCCACCUUACUGGUGACCCACUUUGAUCACGUUGAAAAUGAAUUCAAAUCACACUCAAAAAGAAAAACAGAGGAAGUCUCUCUCUGCUUGUUCAUUUCAUCGUCGUUUGUUUUGUUCGAUUUUUAUUUACUUACUUUCCUCUUAGAUACCACAGUAUUGUUUCUUUGUAGGCACCACAGUGCUAAAUUGUUAAUAUAAUUAUUUUUUAGAGAAGGACCAAAAUUGUAUGAUAUUGUCAUAUGAUGUACAAAAUAACCUAGAUGUUCAUAGCAAGAGUGGUAUGUGCCAAAUAACCCAUAGAAAAUGUUUUGUUCUCUGACAAUCAUUUCAUGUCCAAGGGGCUUGCAUUUGCUGUCAUAGUUGGUUUCUUUUGUUCUCCUAUUACACUCUUAUGUAUUUGA